AUGAGCCCACUGUCACUCUUGUACUUUCUCGCAUCGGACAUGCGGGCAGCCGGUGAGAUGCUGCUUGUCGCCGAUGAUGGUGGUUCCUACAUGAGGAGCAUAAAAAGAAGCGGUACGGUGGUGGAGCAUGGCAUGAGUGGCGGCGUUGAAAGCCUCCACUGGAGCAAUGUCAUUAGAGGUUUUGUGGCGGAGCUUGUGGAAGUGAGGAGUCUGUGGGAGGAGUUAGGCUGUAAUGAUAAGGUGAUUAGGGACGGUGACAAGAACCGUUUUGACCGUGGCUGCUGGUGGAAGUACAUAAAAAUGAAGGAGCUGCGGAAAGAUGCGGAGGAAUACGGGAAAACUUCCACCGCUGGUGUCGAGGAUGUGCUUAAAAACAUUGCGUGUGAGAUGCAUGCCUUACGGUGUCUUUGUGAGCAUCUGGUGACGAUAAAGCUAGGACGGGGCCAGUCGCCGUUGCGGUGGCCGGGAUCUGAGUUCGCUUGCGUCACUGGGCGGUGGUUGCUGUCCCCAUCCUUGGGGUCUGCAAAGAUGCUGGAUGCUGUGGAAGCUGUUUCUUCAAAUAGCCUUCUACAGGCUCUGCAGUCAGAAGUUAGAGAUUCGCAUUCCUCUGAGCCCAACUCUCUCGAAAAGGUUACGCAGCCCGUGAGCCCGGCGCGUCAACCUCUCUGCGUCUCAGCCCCAGUGGACUCCAGGGACGAUGGACAUGACACAGCGCUUCGGAGCCUUACGCCUGCAUCUGCCGCCCCUGCACGGGUCACGGCGGAACCGCGAGCGACUAUGUCACCUGCGUCAGCUUUGACGCUUGAAACGAACAGUGGUGGGAAGCUGGAAUCGGUGCUCUUUUUGCGUAGAGCUCCAAGAAGAGAAAAAUCGAAGCAGAAUGAUGAUGUAGUUACGCUUCAACAACUGGUGGCGAAGCAGAAUGAGCUGGAAAAGAUGGUGAAGGUGUUUUUGGAGAGAGAGAACAGCUGGACGGAUUUCGAUGUGAAGCUGGAACGAAAGGAUGUGAAUGGCUCCAUCUCUCCGAUGUGGUUUGCAGAAGGGCAUGUAACGCUAGAGACAGGGGAACGAGCAACUAUUGUGCGUACUACGCAUUCGCGUAGCCGCCAGGCAACGCGAAUUGCCAUGGCGGCCGUUGCCCGGGAGCACUUUCCCAAGGAAUUGGAGUAUUACGUAUCUAUUCAUCCAUUGGAGUUCUCUUCUGUUGACUUGUCGACUCUCAGCUGUGACAGCGAUCACAAGAGCGAGGAAGCUGUUUGCGCUGGCACCAGCAUGUUGACUAAGGUAUUGCGUCUGUUAGAGGCUUCAAGUCCCUCUCAGGUGCCCAUUUCAUGGGUCCUGGAAGUAUAUGAAGCAACCGGAGGACACUGCAAUGGUGAGGAGGAGAAGUCACAACUCACGCCCCUUCGCUACCGUGCAGCAUUGAUGUCAAAAUCCAAGACUGUCAUCGGUGAACGUAUUGGCAGUGAAGGUGAGGGUGCAGUGGUGGUACUGUGCAGCGUGCUGCGCGCAGCCACAAAUCGUUUUGCAGGCGAUAAGGGAGAGCAGCUAUGGACGGAGUACGAGUGCCAUGCGCCGCCACCGGUGAGUACUUUGCGGGAGUUGGCCUUGUACAUGUUCAACGCAUUUUUUGGCGACGGCUCGUCGAAGGACUGUCUGCAGGUCGAUGCGGAUUGUGUUUCAAAAGACAUGUGGAAGGGGACGGCAAAGCUGCGAGUCCUGGGCCGUCUUGUGCCUAUAGCGGAGGCGUACGCAGUCAGCAAGAUGCAUGCCAUUGAAGAUGCGGCCCUGCUAAGCUGUAGAGAAAACUUCCCGUAUGCGCUGAGUUGCACUUCGCUGCAUGCGGAAACACGACUGGGCAGCGUUUUAGUGAAUGUGGCUCAAGAGGUGGUGAGGGAACCGCAUUUCGUCACAGUCGCAUCUUUACAGGAAAAGCAGAAGGUGGUGGACAUCACGCGUAACGCGGCGGAUUCUGCUUUUGAUCGUCUUGAGGCUGCCGUGAGAAGAAAAUUUUACGGCAACCUCCUGGUGGAGGCAAAGUAUACAGAGAAAGAAGGCUUAUGUGUAUGUGAGCUUAUUUUGCUGUCGAAAGAAAAUAAGGAUGCGAUGCCAGAGAUAUUGGGCCACGCAGACGCGUUUUCAGAUGCGGAGGCACGGGAACUGGCGUCCAUUGACGCUCUCAAGUCGCAAUACCCGCGUGAAUACGAGGAAUUAAUUAGUGCUGGCACAUCUUUAUAA